CCAAUCAGGCUCUGGGACUCAGGGAAAGAGAGAGAGUGUGCCGAGGAAGGAGGUCGUGUUUCCUCUCACUGUUUACCCUCUGGUCCAGAUUUUUCUUCAAAAGAAAUCUGAGUGGUCUGACAGGCUUUCUUAGUUAAGCUGUCUUCCUGAGGUUGUUUGGAGCCGCUGUGUCAUGGAUAAAGAACUCCCUAAAGCCGCUCCCAGCGAGACCGCACUGAACAUCAAGAAGCCUGACAAAGCCUUCAAACGCAAGAAGCCCACCAAAAAUGUGCUGAUCUUUUUAAUCAACAGACAACUGGGCAGGCACAGAAAUGACAUCGACCUGUCAAGGUGGCUGUGGAUGCUGUCAUAAAGCAACUCCAGGGUG